GUUUAGCUGCAAGAAUCGCAUUUAGGAUUUUUUCUUUUACUGUAGACACGACAUUGUCAGCGCUAAGCACGCUGCCAAAGGUCUCUAUUUUUUUAGGGGCUUAGCUUAAUUUUUUUUAGGGAUUUUAAACCAUUUUUUUUAUAUAUUUAUAUACAUUUGAACACCAACGUACAGGAAGACAGUGUUUGACUUUUUUUUAAUCUCUUUUUGCUACCUUUCUCGUGAGUGUCGUAAGUUUUUUUGUCCCCCCCCACUUUCAUCUAAAGAUUAAAUCUAUAUCAUAUAGAGAUCCUUUCACUAAAUAUAUAAUAUAGAUAGAUAACUUUAGAUACACAUUUACACAAAUAUAUACACAUAUAAUGGCAGAAUUCCAGACUGACACUGUGGAGAUGGACGGAGAAAAUGGAGCUAACAACAUUGAUGGCCACGAAAAUGUGGAGAAAGCCGUCGCUACUUUUGAGGAGUCGGCUGCAAUGGAGACAGUUGAUGGAGAGGAAAGUAAAGGCAGUGAUGAUGAAGAUAGUAGAAAACUGUUUGUUGGAGGAUUAAGUUGGGAGACAACUGCCAAGGACUUAAGAGAAUAUUUCUCUAAAUUUGGGGAAGUAGAACAUUGUAAUCUAAAAACAGACCCUGUUACAAAGAGAUCCAGAGGUUUUGGCUUCGUCCUUUUCAAAGAAGAACAGACAGUAGAUAAGGCUUUGGUGGAAAAAGAGCACAAACUUCACGGUAGAAACAUUGAUCCCAAGCGAGCAAAUCCACGAGAACCGAUUAGGAAAGUCUUCGUUAGAAACCUCGACCAGAACUUGACAGAAAAUGAAAUUCGUGAAUAUUUUGGUAAAUUUGGAAAGAUAGUCAAACUGGAAUUACCAUAUGAUAAAAUGAGAAAUCAGCGACGUAAUUAUUGUUUCAUAGAAUUUGAAUCUGAGGAUGCAGUUGAUAAAAUCUGUGAAAAUGCAGGUCAUCAGAUCGGUUCCAGAGAGGCCCAGGUGAAGAAAGCAACUCCAGUUGCAAACCAGAGAGGAAGAGGCCGAGGAGGUAUGAACUAUGGCUUUGGUGAUCUAACAGAAGGUGGCUGGAACCAAGGUGGUUGGAACCAGGGCUACAAUCAGGGCUACAACAACUAUUACAACCAAGGCUACUGUGGUUAUGGUGGUUAUGGCGGCUAUGGUGGUUAUGACUACAGUUACAAUUAUAACCAGGGUGCUUAUGGUGGAUGGGGAGACUAUGGGCAAAACUAUGGAUAUGGAUAUGGAUAUGAUUAUGGUAGUUGGAGUGGCUAUGGACAAGAUCAGGGUCAACAAGCCGGCGGCUAUUCUGGCAAAGCUGCAAAGAGUAGAGGACAUUCUGGCUAUCACCCUUACAGUCGCUGAUUCCUUUCAAGUGUAGAUUGGAGUCAUAGCACCCUGACGAAACCUUAAGUCUAUGUACAGUCAUCCAACAUCAGAUCAUCAUGAAGUAGUAAUCACUUCCCAUUUCCGGCUGGACUUUAUUCUGCAGCAACACUACUGCUUCUCAUAAUAAAAAUGUUUUACAGAA